UUUUUCCGUGCUUAACACUUGAAGAACUCAGGACGCUCACCCGUCUCUUUGCGUCACAUGAGUAGCCACUGUGUAGUACUGCAUAAUAGAAUCGUGGUUUUCGUUCAUAUGUCUCAUAAUUAAGCAUCUAAUCAUUUCAAGCGAUAAAUAUUUCAAUCUAUUGCCCUAUUGGCAAUCAAAUCCGAGCCAACAUUUCGGAAUCAAAAGAGGUAUAAGUAGGAACGUCGAGACGUGAAAGAAUUUUAUUUUUCCAAUUUUCCUGACAUUUCAGAAAACUCUCUUCCACAAUUAAAAGAUUACUUUACAAAAUGAGAUUUUUUCCCAAAGUCAUCGUCGCAUCUUUCGGUGCAUUAGCUACUGGUAAUCCUCUUAUUCCCGUUCUUCCAUCGAGGGAUACCUCCGUUACUCAAUCAUCAUCUGUUAUCCCCAGUUACACAGUCCUCAACAAUUACUGUGAAGCUGCGGGCCCUAAUGCUUACGUCGGAGUCCAAUAUGAUAACGGAGUAAUAACCUCCUAUAAUUAUGGUGAUUGUUAUUCCUACGUCGUAAAUGGCAGUACCGCAUUGGCAGCCGUUUUCUGCAAAAGUGUCAUCUGCACAAACUGCUCCGGCGACGAUUGUACCGACCCCAACAUUGUUCUCACAGUUCCAAGGAGUUUAGUUUUGGUCAAUCCAGCGGGAGUUGUAACAACAGUGUUAGGAAAAGGCGCGAUUUGUCAAAAACUCCCGCUUGACUUGCCAGUUUAAUCCUCAGAUGAGCCAAAGCUUUUCAUUGAAAACAAUUGAUAAGGUGUUGAGUUGAUUACGGUAUAUGGAAGAUGGUUGCUAAAUAUCUGGGGGAGGCAUUCACCUUUGUCAGUAUGGGAAAAGGCUUCAGAGUUUCAGAAAAUGAAUAUUGGUCGUCAUUGAAGAAACUCAUACCCGCCAAAGUCCCUUUCGAUUGGCAUCCCAAGCUAGUUCAUAUAUUUACCCUUUCAGUUACUCUGCUUCGAUAUUCUGAAAUUUGCGUUUCCGCACGAUAGUCCUUGUUUAAUUCAUCUGUCUAAGAAUUGUGAUCGAAUCAUCGUUCAAGCGCCAUAUUCUAGUGACAAAUGGUAUAUGCAAGCCGAAAUAUUUCAUCUAUGUCAAUGCCAUGAAGCGGCUUGUAGCAAAUAAAGUUUAGAUGUCUAACACGUU